AUGAGUUCUAUUCGACUUAAUGUUACUGUCCAUGUGGCCAGCACUGCACACGAAGCUUUUAAUUAUAUAAAAGAAACAAACUGUUCGUGGAUUUCAUCCACACAUCUACUUGCUAUUGUCUCGUCUCAGAGCAAAGUAUCCGCACUUUCAAAAUUCUUGUUACCAUUAUGGAUCGAAGUUCAAGAGCAAUGCCGGAGUCCUAUUCUCGAGUUGUCUAAAGAAUUCAUCAUAAAAAAUGCUGUUGGGAGUAUUGUACCUCUAUCGCUGAUUGUGUCGAAUGCAUUCGAUAAUGACGAGAGAAUCACUGCUAUUACAUGGCUUGAAUCUAUACACACUGAUCUAGAUCAAACAACUGACAACAUAGCCGGAGUCAAGCGAAAACGAUUCGUUUUAAAUGCAACAGAGGAUGCUGCCGAGUUUAUCACAUGCAACAACGAGACGAACAACGAAAGCAAGACCAAAUACUCGAAUACACGUUGCAUUGAAAAUACAGAUGUUUUUAAUUACUCGAGUGAUGAACAGUCUGAACAGUCAAAGAAUACAUGCCUCAAUAUUCAAAAGGAUAAUCAUUCACCCGCCAAAGUACAUGACGAUAUUGAUCACCAUACAGUUAGUCCAUUGAAUAAACCGACAGUGAUCGACACUAUUGUUCAAAUUCCGGCCCAACUAAAAGUGAUGCCAGUGCUUUCCACUCAAAACCAUCAAGAAACUACACCCAAAGCUCUCAUUUCACCGACUAAAGUGGAUGCAUAUCCGGUCAAUAGCUGUGCUCCUUUUGAAACUGAAACUGACUUACCUAUGCAGAAAUCAGAAUCAUCAACGAGCUCUGAGGUUGAUGCCAACACUCGAGUGGUUGCUGACUUGGAAGUCAUGGAAAAAUCUGACGAUAUGGACACCGAUACGCAUACUAAUGAGCAUAUGGGCGAACAGAUAAUAGAUUCCAUGUAUAAUGACGGUGAGCUCGAUGAAAAAGAAGUGGCGGAUUCAAACAUGAGCGAUCCUGCAUUGGAAAAUCUAGAAAAAUCAUACGAAUCAACAAGUGCUAUUACAGUGGAAGAAAUCACCAAUGACACCAUUAGUGAAAACAGUUCAAUCAACAAUCUAUCGACAACUCAGGAACAAAAUUUACUUGACACUGAACCUAAUGCCUCUGACGAAGAUUCAUCAGAAGAAAAUGAUAUCAAAGACAAUCCUCAAGAUUUAAACACUGAAUCUAAUGUUUCUGACGAAGAUUCAUCAGAAGAGAAUGAUAUCAAAGACAAUCCUCAAGAUUUAAACACUGAACCUAAUGUUUCUGACGAAGAUUCAUCAGAAGAAAAUGAUAUCAAAGACAACCCUCAAGAUUUAAACACUGAACAUCAAAAUAUAUCCAAUCAUCAAAAAACCGCAGAUGAAACCAGUGAUACUGCAGAGAAUUCUUCAUUUGGUUCCAACAUUGCUGCUACCAAACACGCCGCUUUGAAAAUCGACUCAUUGGCAUUGACUGAUAAUGAAGACAGCGACAAGCGCGAUUCAGUCAGCACUACUUCAAAUGAUUCUGAAACUUUUGUUGAGAAAUCUACUCAAUUGUACUCUCAACCUUUAGCACAAUUAACACAAGCUACACCACUCAAGUCGCCAGCAAAACCUUUAGUCUCUAUCAAGGCCGCUACGUCACUUAAACAUCAACGAUCUUUUAUUUCACUAAACGAUAUAGCAAUGCCUUCGUUUUCAUCUCAAAAUACAACAGAUCAAAAGUCCGAUAUGGAUGACAAAGCAUCUGGCGAAGACAACUCUGAUGAGGAUGCUUCUGAUAGUAGUUUGAGUGACGACAAUUCACUUAGCGACAAGUCUGAUGCUUCAGUAGACAAACCCAAAGUUCGUUUAGCGGGGAAACCUGCUAAAAAACGAAUGUCGCUACUAAUGAAAUUAGCCAAAGAUGGUAAAUAA